AUGGCGAUCAAUGCUAAAGUGCCCAAUCCGUACGUCAUGAUAGGGCGAAUAGUAGGACAGACUCACAGUUUGGAAGUGCGAGACAUGGGAGUCGACCACAAACAAUUCAUCGGGGAGUUGAAUGCAGAAGUGGUCUUAGUGCAACUAUGCUGUAUCUGCACUCUUACAGCUGCUGCUGUUCUUCAGUACACAGUUCAAGUAGCGAACUCGCUCGAACCCGAUUGA